GAGUAUUUGAAAAAUGGCAGCGCCCAUGGUGAAAGUGUUGAGGAGAAGAAUUAUCAAUACAAGUGCAAUAAAUAACCACAGUAGAUAUGUUUCAAGUGCUGAACAUAUUUGGGACAGUAAACUAGAUCAUAACAAAUGGCCCACAAAAGUCAUAUCAUAUAGAAUGUUCAUGAAUAAAAGGCAGAAUGAAGCAUCCAGAUCUGUUUUAGUUAAGAUAAACAACAAACAUAAUGUUGAAACAGUAUGUAGACAGCUUAAAGAUGUGGGAGCUGUUUCUAAUGCUCUCCUUUAUAAGAAUAUAUUGUUAGUAGAAUUUGAAAAGCAGGAUAGUGUGAAAAAGGUUUUAUCUAACCUAGGUAUAGCCCCACCACCAAGUAGGCCUAACCUAACUACUUUACCUUUAGAAUCACGACUAUUAAUGUCUGCUGAUCAAGAUUCUAACAGUAAACUUUACAUGAAGAAAGGAGUGAAUAUACAGAAUGAACCUAACCAUCAAAAAUUGGAUGCACAGAAACUGAAUGAGUUGAAAUCAGUUUCUGAACAGGUGGAAUUUCUGCAUUCAACACAAAAAUUGUCAGAAUUUGGCUUGAGGUACAGAUUUUUUGCCAGUUCUGUAAUAGAGGAGUUUUUAUCACCAACAUUCUAUAGGUGUAAAAUUGAACCAUUUGGUUCUUGUGUAAAUGGAUUUGGUUCACAAACAUCAGAUUUAGAUUUAGGUAUAAAUACUGUUUCUAGAAAGAAGAAAUCAGGAUUCAAUGUAGAAUUUAUGCAUAGCAAUGAAUAUAAUUUAGGUAGAAUUCACAAAUUGUUGAGGGAAUUUUUACCGUUUCUAUCUAAUUUAUAUUAUGUUCGUCAUGCUCGAGUUCCUAUUAUAAAAUGUAAUCUGGGAUUACUGGAUGUAACCUGUGACCUCAGUGAUUCUAAUUUGUCAGGGUCCAAGAUGUCUGAAUUAUUAUAUCUAUACAGUCAACUCGACCCAAGAGCCCCACCUUUAGCAUCUAUAAUUAAAGUAUGGGCCAGUCAUCAGGGUGUCACAAAGUCUGGACCUGGAUCAUGGCCAAGUAAUUUUAUGCUACUUAUGAUGGUCAUAUUCUUUCUACAGAGUAAAUCAACCUUACCAUCAAUAUCUACUAUGGCUUCAGCAUUAGGCAAGAAGAACAAUGUAUCCCCAGUUGAUCUGUCAUUUUCUUUGACUAACAUAGAAAGAUUUGUUUCUAAUGAUAACAGACAUCAAACUUUAGAGGAACUUCUUGUUGAAUUUUUUCAGUUUUAUUUAAAAUUUGACUUUAAAUUAAAAGGAUUUUCUCUGAUAACAGGGGAACAGGUUGAUAAUGUGAACAAUUCAGCUAUGUAUAUUGAAAAUCCUUUUGUAAUUGGUCAUAACAUAGCCACAAAUGUGAAAUUAAGGAAUUUAAUGAUAAUGAAGGACAGAAUGGAAUCUUCGUUGAAAGAUUUGGAAAGUUUAGAUAUGGGAAUCAUUCCACUUGUGUGUGGUGAAAUGAAUGUUAAAAAUAGGGUAAAGGAAAAUGUGUUGAAUGUGGCAUCCUUAUAUACAACAGUAUCCGAAACAGAAAGUGAGAAUAGUGAUUCUAGUAACUUAACAGAUGAAAUGUGUACAGAUAAAGUGACAAACUUUGAUACAAAUGCAAGUGAUAUUAAUACAUCAACAACUGAAUCUAAUCUUACAAAAGACAAGCUGCUUGAAAGGAAUAGUGUGUAGGGUGACUUAUUAUAUACAAAAUUGUAAAGUUUUUAACUAAUCAGAGGGUAGGGAGGCCGAAUGAUUUAAGGUGUGUUUGUUAGACCAAAAGGUCUAUCAUUGAGUCUAGUGGCGUGGUUUCAAUUUUCCACUUGUACAUUACAAGGAAUAGGGUCUCCAGGUCCUCCAGUUUCCGCCCACAUCUAAAGAACCCUACGCCUUAAGGUGAAUUAUUGAAUUAAAAUUAAACCAUGUUUUAAGAUAUGUCACAUACAAAUUUAAAGGUCUUUGGAUACAGAAGUAUUGCAUAUCUGUACUCUUGAUUUCUCGACCCAUGUCUCAUUUUCCAAUAACCAGUUACAUAUAGUCAAUGAACAAUAAAAUAAUGCCAAUAAAUAUUAUAUUUUAUACUCUACAUGCUUUAUUUCAUCUAUAGUCAGAGAACUCGGAUCUGUACAAUAAUGCCAAUUACUAUUAUAUUUUAUACUCUACAUGCUUUAUUUCACAAUAUAUCCCCAUUAUUAUACAAAUCAGGUUCCAAUUUCACAAAACACAUGUAAGCUGCAGGACAUAUUUGAAAUAGCACAAGAAGUAUUUCAAAAACAUUUUUUAGUGCCAUAUGAAUUUGAAUUUGUUUGAUUAAAGAAAAUGGAAAUACUGGACAACUA